AGAAGAAGAAAACCUGUCGCUUUAGUUCCUGGUUGCUUAAAGUCAAGAAUCACCCUCUGUUCAGGUUGUUGUUUUUCUCAUCUUUAAGCUAAACGGUCGCUUUAUUUCGACCAAUAUGUUUAAAGGUUUCGGGACGUGGUUGGGUUUGGAGAACCAGACGUACACGAAGACGUCGGACGACAAAGAAGACCUGAAUGUGGAGCAGGAAGAAAAGGUAGUGGAAGCACAAAACGAGGUAAACAAACAGCAAGCAGCUGAUCAUGAAGAACCAGAGGCAGACCAAGAAGACUCUGAGCACGUCAAAGGACUCGGUGAUUACAUCUUCAGUUUUGCCUCCAGUGCCACCAAGAAGAUCUCUGAGUCAGUGGUGGAGACAGCACAGACCAUCAAGAAGACAGUGGAAGAAGGGAAGAUCGAUGGCAUCAUAGACAAGACUUUCCUAGGAGACUUUCAAAAAGAGCAAGAAAAGUUUGUCCAAGAGAAGAAGGCAAGAAAAUCAGAUGCAGCGGUGCCUCCCUGGGUCGGCUACAAUGAGGAAGAGACGAUCCAGCAACAGAUCCUUGCUCUGUCAGCUGACAAGAGAAAUUUCUUGCGCGACCCUCCCGCUGGUGUUCAGUUCCACUUCGACAUUGAGCAGAUGUAUCCUCUGGCUGCAGUGAUGCUGGAGGAAGACCAGCUCCUCAACCGCAUGCGCUUCGACCUGGUUCCUAAACACGUGAAAGAGGAGGUUUUCUGGAGGAAUUAUUUCUACCGGGUGUCUCUGGUCAAGCAGUCGGCUCAGCUCACAGCACUGGCAGCCCAGCAGCAGCAGAAGGACGGUGAGGACAGAGCGGCCGGGCUUUCACCUGAGGACGUCGUCUUAACAGACAAUGUCAGACCAAAAACUCCACCAGUUUCUAUCAGCGACAUCCAGGAGCCAGCUCAAGAAGAAGAGGAGGAGAUGUCGACGAGUCCAGGAGUGUCCGAGUUUGUGAGCGAUGCUUUCGACUCAACAAGCAUCAACCAGGAGGACCUGAGGAAAGAGAUGCAGCAGCUGGUGCUGGAUAAGAAGGAGAGCCUCCCAUCUCCCGAUGACGAGUCAGCAGACUGGGAGAAGGAGCUGCAGCAGGAGCUUCAGGAGUACGAGGUGGUGUCUGAGUCGGACAACAGAGACGACCAGUGGGAUCAAGAGAUCGAGAUGAUGCUCCAGGCCAACGCCAGCUAGAUGAGUUCUACUUGUCUGUCUCCUUCUCUGUGAGCUGGCCCAGAAUGGAGGAGUUAGUGCACUGGUGAUGCACAAGGGGGAUGAACUUCGACAUUCUCUGCCCCACCCAACUGUGAUUACUAUCUUGUAAACAUCCUCCUGUACCUAAUGAAGGUGUAGAGCCAAUAAAUAGCAAGAGCGUGUCACCUGCUGGAAACAGUGCAGACCUUAGUAAAGUGCUACUUCAUUGCUCCUUCCUAAAUUACUUUUAUCUACUCGCUGUCCUCUACCCUCUCUCUCUCUCUCUCUCUCUCUCUCUCUCUCUCUCUCUCUCUCUCUCUUUUCUGACAAGGAAAAGCCUCUAGAGGGCGCUCCAGUACAAGUACAGUGAAGUUUAUAAUGAAGGCGGCUUGCUUGAAAUUACAUAAAAUGUUUACUCUUGCUUCCACUGCUGCUUACUGGGUGGGUUGUACAGUAAAGUCUUGGUAUAGCUGUAGUUCAGUAAAGAUACAUUUAUGUAAAUAAAGAGGAUUCUAACACUAUACUUUACUUCAAGUUGCACUUCCCUUUCAUUACAUCUGCUUAUUUUACAUUUUGUACCGCAAACUCCUGUGUUCAUGUCUGCAAUGCUUUGUUUCUCUGCAACUGAAAUACUGUACAUUUUCUGUUCAAACCUGUCAUCCUUUAAUAAAUAUGUAUCUGUUAUUAUUGA